CACGGCAGCUUUGAAAGCAUGCCUGGAGAGUUAACUGUUCCCGACUGCGACCACCCACACCUCCUUUCUCUUCCGCUAUGACCGUCGCUGCUAGACAGCAUGAGCUCCCCAUAUUUGCACGUCCUCCAAGGACGUGGACUCAGGCAUUCAAUGGCGUCUUCUUCUUGACGGUGUUUAUCCCAGGAUGCCUCAUGGUCCACGGGUUCCAACUUUUGUUUCUACUACCCUUGAAGCUUUUCUAUUCAAGUCCACGGGCCUGGAAGUUAUACGACGGGGGUAUACGGUAUACGAAGGGCGCAUUUGCAACGCUUAUGAAUUUGAUGAACCAAUGGUUCGCCCCGACACGCCUUUCCAUUACAUUCGAGCGGGCAGGACCUGGGAAAUUCUCAGAGGAGGAGAUUAGACAUAUCGUCGAACGCGAUGCGUCUGGCAGAGUGGUGGCUUUACGUCUACCCUCUAAAACGGUCAUUAUCGCGAACCACCAGGUCUACUCUGACUGGUGGUAUGUCUGGUGCCUCACCUACUUUAUGGGAUCACACAAGGAUGUCUUCAUUGUACUGAAGAACAGCCUGAAAUGGGUUCCUCUCAUUGGUCCAGCAAUGCAAAUAUUUAGAUUUAUCUUUCUAGCGCGUUCAUGGGCCUCUGAUAAAAUACAAUUGUCAUCGAAACUCGCAAAACUCGGCCGACAAGCAGAACAAGAAGACAAGCCAUUCACAUUUAUCCUAUUUCCAGAGGGCACCCUUGUGAGUAAAGACACACGCCCUAUCAGCAGGAAAUACGCGGACAAGCUUGGUAUUCCUGAUCCACUGAACAUCUUGUUGCCUCGGUCGACGGGACUUCAUUAUAGUCUUCGCACACUUGCGCCGCGCCUGCCAUCUUUGAAAUUGAUCGAUAUUACGAUGAUAUAUCCAGGUGUUCCGCCAAAGGGAUAUGGACAAUCUUUCUACACACUCCGCUCGAUAUUUUGCGACCGCGUACCUCCGCCUGUAGUGCACAUGCAUCUAAGAAUAUUUGACGUCGCAAAGGAUGUUCCCAUAGGAGACAUCUCAGGGACGAAUCCCGCUGUGAUUCCUAACGGAUCUAAUCAUGAGCCUGUUGAAGUAGACUUCCCAGAUCAGGAGAAGACGGUCUUUGAUGAAUGGCUUAGAAGGUUGUGGAUGGACAAGGAUGAAUUUAUCACGACAUUCCAUCGCUCAGAUUGCUUCCCCUCUGGUCAUCCCGGUGCUGUCGAAAUCCCACUGGAACUAGGGAGUAAACGGGAGAUACCAUGUGCUUUCUGUUUCAUUGCUCCAGUAGCAGUAUACGUAUUAUGGUCGAGGUUGGUACAGGCUCUUUUUUGAUGGUUUGUGUUCUAUGUUGUAAUUCUAGAUGUCCUUCGGAGUCUUUCAUGUAAUAACAUAUUCUCGGCUGGAUGAGGUGAGAUGAUGUAA